AUGAAGCCUGCAGCAAAAAAGGCCCCGGCCCCUGAAAGUUCCUCUGAUGACGACGACGACGACGAGCCCGUGAGGAAGGCCGUGGGAAAGCGGGCCCCGGAAGCUGAUAGCAGUGAUGUAGAGGAGCCGGGAAGAAAGAGCCUACGGGUUGAAAGCACACCAGCGGUGGGAGGGCCCAACGGAAGUGGGACAAAAGAAACCCGUGAUGGCGGAAAAAACAAUUGUAAAAAUAACGGCACUCUAAAACGUUUUGAGCGCAUUGAUCCGACGAAAGUUUUUUUUCACAGUGAAGAGGUGAAGGACAACCGUCCGGGGGCAGAGCACAUGAUUCUGCGCCAGAAUCAGGAGAUGAUGCGGGUUAAGGGAAAGAACUUUAACAAGCUGAAACAGAAAAAUAAAGCAAAAUUUUACGCGGCUGGUGUUGACACCAGCGUACGGGCGUUUCAAUUUGAUGAGAGCGACUAA